AUGCCACAAAGUACCACUGCAAGAAUCACCAUGCUGAUCGAUCCGCGUCGCCCUGAAAAGGUUCAACGCUACAAGCAGGUUGACUCGGUCAACCAGGGAGCGGGUGUCGGCGAUGAUCUGAUGCCCGAUUACAUGAAUAUCCUCGGAAUGAUAUUUUCUAUGUGCGGCCUGAUGAUGAAACUGAAGUGGUGCGCGUGGUUGGCACUUUACUGUUCCUGCAUUAGCUUCGCCAAUUCACGGAUCUCCGACGAUGCUAAACAAGUCCUAUCGUCCUUCAUGUUAAGCGUCAGUGCCGUGGUAAUGUCGUACCUGCAGAACCCAACGCCAAUGACGCCUCCCUGGCAGUCGAUGUAACUUCCACAAAGCGGAAUCGCAUGUCCAACGCACAUAAAGCAUAUUUAUAAGAAGGUUUUUUUUUCUACGCUAAGGACCAUUUGCCUCACACGGAACAUAAAACCGCAUUGGGUACGCCAAAGAUGAAA